AGGUCACAGUCAGUAGGUUCAUUUUCGGUUCAGUUUGUGACUUGGCCAUUGUCGAAAAUGCAUCUCCAUGUAUUGUUGCUGGUGGCGGUUUGUCUUGUUGUUGCAGGCAUUGAGGCGCUGCGUAUAAACAGGGCAACGCAGCAACUUGAAUUGGAGAUUCUCUAUGUGGUAGAUCAUAGCGCAUUCGACAAGUGGUUCCAGAGGACUGACUCUUCUCUGUCACAUUCAGCACGAGUGUCAAAGGCAACAGCAGACCUAAAACAGUACCUGGGUACUCUCAUACAUUCGAGCAACAAUGUGUAUAAGACGUUGGAGCCUCAUGGCAUCUACAUUACACUGAAGAUCGUUGACGUGCUUGUGAUGCAGACUGCUGCUGCCUCACCCUGGACAGAGAACGUAAAGCGAUUAGACGGCAAUGAGUAUGUCAUCGAGCCAAAGGACGUGCUGAAUCUGUUCCAGCCCAAAUCCAUACAGUUGCAAAACAGUUACCCUCACGAUCACGCUAUGUUGUUCACCAUGUAUGCACUUGAACACAACAAUAGUCACAGCACAUUUGCUGGUUAUGCGAGGAUCGAGGCUGACUGCCAGCCAAGAGGAGUGUCUGUUGUUCAGGACCAAGAGGAAAUGUACACUGCGGCACUUAUGGCCCAUGAACUCGGACACAGCCUUGGCUGUGAGCAUGACGGCGACGGUAACUCUUGUCCCGUAGGAGCAGGGUAUAACAUGGAGGCUGACUAUGUUGAUGACAAUGUCAGGAAGUGGCAAUUUUCUUCAUGUUCCGUGGACUAUAUAAAGAACUACAUUCAGUACUUAACGACUCAUCAUAAAGAUUGCCUGACUACCAUUGACAAUACACACACCGAUGCUGUGCUCUCUACUGCUUCACAUGAGUGGUAUGGGCAAGUGUAUGAUGUUGAUGAACAGUGCAGGAUUGCAUAUGGGAAAGACUCGUACUUCUGUAGGAAUCUAUACGACGGUGCCGCAGAUUAUGCUGGCAUGUGUAUGGCCACGUAUUGCAGGACGGAGGCUACAAGCAACUGCCACUCCACCGAAGGAGGAGAUGGGACACCUUGCGGCAACGGAAAGUGGUGCAUGUCCAAUCAAUGCGUAGCAAGCAGUCAUGUGACUGGUGUAACAGAUGAUUGUCCUGCGGGAGACCAACCUGGAGUUGUUUACAAUGGCAGAACAUGUGACCAAAUACGUCAAUCAAACCCGACUGACUGUUCCCAUAGUUCCGUGAGGCGGAAGUGCUGUAUGACAUGUUUACAUCCGGGCACUUCCUCGAAUACACAAGCCACUGCCCCACCGUCCCAUUCGGUUACAACUCACAGUGGGUCCUCGUCAACUAGUGCAGUGACGGAUGUUGACGGUUUCUGUGCGAAUCAGUAUGGAGCAGGGUCGUUCUUUUGCAGAACAGUUACCCGGUAUGACAAUGUCCAGUAUUCAGAUAUAGUUUGCGAACGACACCAUCUGUAUUGCCACUACACAGAUGGUUCUCACAGUUGCCAUGGGGCCACCGCUCCCGAGAAGACAGUCUGUGGAAAUAAAAAGUGGUGCAUCAACGGUCAAUGUGUUCAUGACACCAGAGCGCCCUCCGUUCCAGAUGACUGCCCGUACGGUGACCAGCCCGGUGUAGUCACUAACGGGUACACCUGUGCUCAGAUCGGUACGGACGCCCACAAACACAGGUGCUAUGAUGCUCACACCAAAAAGCGGUGCUGUGCCUCGUGUGCUGCUGUUGCAAACAAUGCUAGAUCAGGCUGCGAAUGGGGAGACGAAUCCACGACCUGCCAUCAUAACUCAUGCUCCCACUACAACGCCGACAAGCUACGGAGGUGUUGUCAGACCUGCGGUGGAACUGCCAUAGUCGGGAAAUAAUGUUUUACCGGGCUGUAACACAUCGAGUUGUAUGAGUACUAGAAAUAAAAUAAACAACCGCAGCUA